GACUUUGGGGAGAUGGAUCUGCCUUUAGAGGAACCUCCAACCCAGCCUCCCUCAGAACCACUACCCGCACCUCCAAAUUCCACGCCGGUGUGUGAGCUCCAGACUGCCGUGUCUUGUUUUACAGAGGAGACGGUGUCUUUCCUCUCCGUCAAUAGCUUGUUAAGCCAGUCCCUGCUCAGGGCAGCUGGCAGCCUGGGGGCCCAGCAGAAAGAUCAAGGGGUGCCCUCAGCCAUGGCCCGUCGCAAGCGUGAAUUCACCCCAGAUGAGAAGAAGGACGAUGGCUACUGGGACAAGAGGAAGAAGAACAACGAAGCGGCCAAACGCUCUCGAGAGAAACGGCGGGUCAGUGAUUUAGCCCUGGAGGGACGGGUUUUGGCCCUGCUGGAGGAAAACGCCCGCCUGAAGGCAGAACUCCUAGCUCUCAAGUUUCGCUUUGGCUUGAUCCGGGAUCCAGUAGAUCAACCAGCACUUACCCUGGGCGGUGAACUCCAUCGGUCAGCCACUCUGCCCCAGCACUUCACAGGGGCUCCUGAACUACCCCACUACCCUGGCACCUUCCACCCGGAGCCAGCUACCAGUUCUGAGGACUCUGGUUUUUCCACGCCAGGAAGCUCCAACUUGGGAAGUCCUGUCUUUUUUGAGGAGCGCGACAGGACAGAGGAAGGAAUUAUGUAUGAGAGGCAUUGCCUAGUCCCCGAGGCUUCCGCUGAUGGAGCUGAUCUGGGCCGUGUUGGCCGUUACGACUCUGGGGAGAGCGUCAAAGGUCUUCCCCACAAGUUGCGCUUCAAGAUGGCGGUAGGGUCAGAGGAGAUAGCUGGAGAACAAUCUGGACAUUGCUCACCUUCUUCACCAGGAGGAACAUGGAGAGGGCUGGUGACACGGAAAGAACCACCAAGCACAGGGUGUUCUGCAGGUACCCUGGCAGUUGAGAGUACUUGUGAAACAGAAGUCCCCGGGGGCCCUCGAGAACCUGAGCCCCAGGCAGAGAACCGCUCCCUCCACUGUCAGCUGGCCUCCCUUUCAGCUGAAGUGGCCCAGCUGAAAAAACUCUUCUCCGAACAAAUCCUCAUCAAGAUGAAUUGAAGUGGGGAGGCAGGUAGAAGGAAAGGGGUCACUUUUCUCCCCUUCGUUUUUUCUAGGACUACCAAGUAUUGGCUGCAAAAAAUUGAAUGACCACUAGAUGGUAGGAAAGAGCUAACUUUUUAUUCAUUUCUUUGCUGCUGUAUGAAGUGGUUCCA